CUGCGCACGCGCAGAGCCCGGGAGGAGGCGGAGAGUGGCUGACCUCGAGCAGGCCGGGCCUCCUGGGAGCCGCUCCUGAUUGGCCGUCGCCGGGGCGGGCCCGGGCCCUAGGGCUCCUCCGGCCCCUCCUUGCGCCAGUGGCUCCGACGCCUUACUGGAGGCGACAGGCGACCGGCGACCGGCGACGUCCGCGCAGGGCACCGGCAGACUGAGCGGGCGCCAUGGCGUCCGUGCCGCCGCGGGCGCCGGCGGCCGAGGGUGCCGGCGCGGCUUCCCCGGGCGCCUACCGGCCCUUCGAGCCGAAGGCGCUGGGGCUGAGCCCGAGCUGGCGCCUGACUGGCUUCUCGGAGCUCAAGGGCUGAGGCUGCAAGGUCCCGCCGGAGGCGCUGCUCACGCUCCUGGCGGGCCUGACGGCGGCCCCGGCGCCCGCGGCCGACAGCGGCAAUGGUGGGCCGGGCGCCGCUUCCCGGGCCCUCGGGAUCGGAAUGGACUCGUGUGUGGUUCCCUUGAGACACGGAGGGCUCUCCCUCGUGCAAACCACAGACUUUUUUUACCCUUUGGUGGAGGACCCUUACAUGAUGGGACGGAUUGCCUGUGCCAACGUGCUCAGUGACCUCUAUGCCAUGGGCAUCACCGAGUGUGAUAACAUGCUCAUGCUCCUCAGCGUCAGCCAGAAGAUGAGCGAGGAGGAACGAGAAAAGAUAAUGCCCCUGAUGGUGAGAGGCUUUCGGGACGCUGCCGAGCAAGGAGGAACCUCGGUGACGGGGGGCCACACUGUGAUAAACCCUUGGCUCAUCAUUGGUGGCGUUGCCACUUCAGUCUGUCAGCCUAAUGAGUUCAUCAUGCCAGACAGUGCAGUCCCAGGGGAUGUGCUCGUGUUGACCAAACCUUUGGGAACCCAAGUUGCCGUCAAUGCCCACCAGUGGCUGGAUGAUCCAGAGAAAUGGAAUAAAAUAAAGCUGGUGGUGUCCAAAGAAGAUGUAGAGUUAGCCUAUCAAGAAGCCAUGUUUAGCAUGGCCAUGCUGAACAGAACUGCUGCGAGAUUAAUGCAUACAUUUAAUGCCCAUGCUGCCACGGAUAUUACUGGCUUUGGAAUCCUUGGCCAUGCUCAGAACCUUGCAAAACAACAGAGGAGUGAAGUGUCCUUUGUCAUUCAUAAUCUGCCCAUUAUUGCCAAGAUGGCGGCUGUCAGUAAGGCAAGUGGGUGUUUUGGGCUUCUCCAAGGAACAUCAGCAGAAACCUCAGGGGGGCUGCUGAUCUGUCUGCCCCGAGAGCAAGCAGCUCGCUUCUGUGCUGAAAUCAAGUCUCCAAAAUAUGGAGAGGGUCAUCAAGCAUGGAUUAUCGGCAUUGUGGAAAAAGGCAACCAGACGGCCCGAAUCAUUGACAAGCCCCGGAUCAUUGAAGUAAUGCCCCGGGGAGCCACUCUUCAUCAAGACAACUCCAACACCAGUCCCGAGCCUGCUUUGUGAAAGGGCCCCACCAGUUUGGACCUCUUAGAUCUUUGGAAGAAAUCGUGGAUGUUCAAAAGAAUGAAGUGACUUGUUUUAGGGAAGGGGAAUUGCCAAAGAAACCUGCUCAAAUGGGGAAAUUACUGCCACACGAGCUAACUUGUUCUUGGACAGUUUCAGAAAACAGCUGCUUUUAGGAGUUCCACACGAAUUCAUCCCCCAUUUGACAUUUUCUCCUUUAGGGCCAGAUCUGGCCCCAGUAUUCCCCUUUCUAGAAACAACACAGGCCCAUCCCCGAAGAGUUUUCUCAUGCCUGGAUUCCCAGAGAGAGUACUUGCUCGAAGAGGCUCCCAUGCGAGAAAUGAGUACUUACUGAAGAUAAGGGACACUGAAAACCACUUAGAUCACUCACAAAGAACGGUGAAAGUAGAACUCUGCUAAACCUGAAACAGCAGCCAUGGGGUACUCCAAAAUGAUUUGUGGGAUUUUGUCCCCAAGAAGCUACCGGCUCUUCCUCAUUCUGGCCAAGAAUUGAGCAGCUUGUUCAGAAGUGAGGAAGUCGGCCCCGUGACCAUCUCGCUGAUCAUAGGCCUUGGCUCUGUUUAUGAUGCUUCUCCCUCUAAACCUCUUUGAGGGCUGGAUGAAGCUGAGCAGAUUCCCAGAGUCCGGGUCUCGGGGUUGCUAGAUUCAUGUAUGAUCUUGGGCUGACAAUUCCUGGUCGUUUAACCAAUAAAAAGACUCAUUUCUCAGUA